UUCUCUCCUUCCCCACAUGUCUGGGCAGGACAGGCUGAGCCCCACCAGGCUCUCAAGGAACCCAGAGGCAGGGUGGCUCCUGGGCAGGAAAAGGCCCAAAGGGGUGGCUCUGAGGUCCCCACUCUAGGUCCAUGGACCAGCAUGUAGCCGCUUCAGGACUCAUGACUGGCCAUGAGCUAGCUCUGUGGAGCCAACUGCCACAGCCUGGGGUGCUGGGGACAGGGCUGGUGCCAGGGUCUAACUCCAGCCUAGUGCUGCCCACACUCACCUCCACCUUAGAUCACUUUGACCACGUCCGGGCAGUCAUUGGAUCUGAGUUCAUCGGGAUUGGUGGAAAUUACGACGGGGCUGGCCGGUUCCCUCAGGGGCUGGAGGACGUGUCCACAUACCCAGUCCUGAUAGAGGAGUUGCUGAGUCGUAGCUGGAGUGAGAAAGAGCUUCAAGGUGUCCUUCGUGGAAACCUGCUGCGGGUCUUCAGACAAGUGGAAAAGGUGAGAGAGGAGAGCAGGGCGCAGAGCCCCAUGGAGGCUGAGUUUCCAUAUGGGCAACUGAGCACAUCCUGCCACUCCCACCUCGUGCCUCAGAAUGGACACCAGGCUACGCAUCUGGAGGUGACCAAGUGGCCAACCAGUCGGGUCCCCUGGAGGUCCUCAGAUGCCUCCCCAUACCUUCUUCCAGGCCUGGUGGCUGCUGCCACCUUCCCAACUGUCAUCCAGUGGCUUUGCUGACACGGCCGGUCCCCCAAGAGGUGACUGUGGCAAAGUCUCACGAAGCCCCCCGUCCUAGUUCAUUCAUAAGCACGUGCUGAGAAUAAACAUUUUACACAUGGA